AUGGCGCUAGCCGCCGCGGCCGCCGCCGCGGCCGCCGGAGUGAGCCAGGCGGCGGUGCUGGGCUUCCUGCAGGAACACGGCGGCAAGGUGCGCAACUCGGAUCUGGUGAGCCGCUUUAAGCCGCUCCUGGAUGCCGGCGACCCGCGCGGCCGUGCCGCCCGCAGGGACCGCUUCAAGCAGUUUGUCAACGACGUGGCUGUGGUGAGGGAGUUUGACGGCGUCAAGUUCGUGGUGCUGAGGAAGAAACCUAGGCCCCGGGAGGGACCAGAGCCUCUGGCCUCGUGCGUCCCCGGCACCCCCGCGAUACCAGACCCUCCGUCGAACAUCACUUCCGUCUCAGAGGGGGAAACCCCCGGCUCGGGGGUUCCAUCCCUGCCUGCAGAGCAGCAGUUGGUGGAACCACUUGAGGACCCGGCCCAGCCAUUAGAGCCACAGGACACCCCCGGGGAUCCGGCCUCUGAGCCCACUCAGCCGAACGGGGAGCUGUUGUUAGGUCUGGCCCAGCAGUCAGGGGGACCCUCCGACUCCCAGAUUCCAGCCUUUGAGCUAGCCCUGCCCUCUGAGGGACUCUCUGCAGACGUGGCCCCGCCGUCUAGGUCACCGUCGGAGGAGGUCUUGUCCCAAGCGGAGUCGCCGGACCAGGAACCUGGGCAUGGAGCCACGAAAGAAGCCCUACCACUCCCUCGGCACGCGCCGCCGCCAAAGCCCUGCAUGCUGCCGGUGCGCUGCGUUCCGGCCCCCUCCGCCCUCCGGAUCCGGGCCGAGGAACAGGGCCUGCGCCGGCAGCUGUCGGAAGAACCGAGCCCCCGGAGCUCCCCACUGCUGCUGCGGCGGCUCUCGGUGGAAGAGUCUGGCCUGGGCCUCAGCCUGGGCCCGGGCCGCUCCCCACACCUGAGGCGCCUGUCGCGCGCCGGCCCGCGCCUGCUGAGCCCAGACACAGAGGAAGUGCCCGCCGCGCCGCCGCCGUCCGCCGUGCCUCUGGAGCCGACCGAGCACGAGUGGCUAGUGCGGGCGGCCGCGGGCUGCUGGACCCACCAGCUGCACGGGCUGCUGCUGCGCGACCGCGGCCUGGCGGCCAAGCGCGACUUCAUAUCUGGUUUCACGGCCUUGCAUUGGGCCGCCAAGAGCGGAGACCGGGAGAUGGCGCUGCAGCUGGUGGAGGUCGCGCGGCGCGGGGGCGCGCCUGUAGACGUGAACGCGCGCUCACACGGCGGCUACACGCCACUGCACCUGGCCGCUCUGCACGGCCACGAGGAUGCCGCCGUGCUGCUGGUGGUGCGCCUGGGUGCGCAGGUGCAUGUGCGUGACCAUAGCGGGCGGCGCGCCUACCAAUACCUGCCGCCCGGCGCCUCCUACGCGCUCCGCCGCCUGCUCGGCGACCCAAGCCUUCGAAGCUCUAGCGAGCUCGAUGCUACCGGAGCUAGUGGUGGCACGCUUACGACCCGGCGCCCGGUGCAAGUGGCUGCCACCAUCCUCAGUUCCACCACCAGCGCGUUUCUGGGUGUCCUGGCCGACGACCUGAUGCUCCAAGACCUGGCUCGGGGCUUGAGGAAGUCAGGCUCCUUGAGCAAGUUCUUGGGUGCCUCGCCCAUGGCUCCACGUAAAAAGACUAAGACCCGCAGUGGCCUACCGGCUUUUUCAGAAAUCUCUCGUCGACCUACUCCGGGGCCCUUCGCUGGGCUAGUGCCCAGCCUGCCUCCCACAACCUGACGGUCCCUGAGGCUUAGCUUGGUUGAUGUAACCCAGCCUGCCCCUCAGUCCAAGCCUGCCCAGAACAGUGGCUCAACACCUGUGGCUACAUCCUAUUUCCAGCUUUCUCCACUGCAGCCUGUUUUACCCAGGUGGGCCUACGCCUCUAGCUUCUGCAGGAAGCUUGAUCUGUCUGCGAAGAUGGGAAUCAAGAUCUGAGAGAGCGCCACCUAUAACAAAUUCCAGAAAUCAGGCUUGAACUUGGGAGACUUGAAUUUUAGGAUCAGAAGUCAAGGGCCCCUGCAUGAGUUACCCGGACCUCUGCAUCUACACACUCCCAAGCCAGAACUAGAGCAAGGGUUUCUAAAUGUUGUGUGGUGUUGGAUAGUUUGUGAGCUUUAAGAUACAGAGUGGUUUUGUAAUCUGAUGCUUUUAUCCUAUUUUUAAAUUGAAAUGAGGUAAAACAAUUUUCAUAAUAGCCUUUUGAAAUUAUAUUUUUCCAUUUUUAGGCAAAAUGCUCAUUUUCAAUCUUUUGCUAAAUAUUUUGGAGUUCUAUUUAAAAAACAGAUGAUCAAGAUCUAAAGGAAAUUAGUCCCAACCAACAAAACCCUUAAACCUUUACCUACCUCAUUUUAGGCGUUCAAGAUUCUAGAGAGUCUUGGAGACAGAAUGUGACCAUUGUGAAUGUAAUUAAUUUCAGUUGUGCUGUGAAUGCUAAAUAUUAGGAAGCAAGUGCAUCUUGGGAGAAAGAAUGAUUUAACUGAGAGAAAGAGGCAUUUUGGCAAAUACUUUUAAUUUGUGAUUGUCUUUAUGAUGAAAUACAAAAUGUCUUUGGCACUGGUGGGUGAUUUUUUUGAUUUGGCAUGAAUAUUUAAUUUUUUAAGUGUGAUUUAUUUGUGAAUGCACCAUUGUGCCAUGUUCCUGAAUCUGGUUUUUCAAAUCUGGCUGAGCCUUUCGAUGCAGUACGUAAAUAUUCAAAGAAAAAAAUGUCAUAGCAUUACACCAGAAAAAUAACUGGUUAAAUAAUAGUGGGUACACUUAAAGAGCUACUAUUUUAUGUGAAAAUUCUAUAAAAACAAAAAGUAUGUUAUAUCCAUCUUUAAAAGCCAUCUGAAAGCGGGCGCCUGAGUGGCUCAGUAGGUUGAGCGUCUGACUUC